CAUUCAACGACCUCACUUACAGCUACUCACCGUGCGUGCUCUGUCCACAGUGACAGUGCAUGGGACCUCGCUGGCAUAUCGAUAUGGUACCAGCCUCAGCAGGACAGCACGCGACUGCCUCUGCAGUACACCUUCACACUCAGACGACCACCACAUCACUCCAACCCCGGGACAUGUCCCCAAACUCAUCCGCAACAUGCUCUGAAGCAGAAUCCGUGAAUGGAGAUAGUACAGACGACGAAGAUGGAGUCUUUCUGGGCACUCAUCAAGACGUCGAGACUACAUUGGUUCACAAACUCUCUUUAUUGUCUCCAUCUGCAUCCCCACAUUCCUCUUCCAACCCUCCCCUUGAUCGCCGUACCAAAUCGACGCCUUCCAAGUUGAAGAAGAGAGAUUCGAGAGAGUUUUACAGACGGAAAACGAUUCUGUUGCCUCUACAAGGAAACAUCCAGGACAAGGUCUGGGAUGGUGGCUUUUACGAACGCAAGGAGACAUGCGAGCAAUCACCUCAUGUUCAGUGCCUUCCGUCUGACGACCAUGAUGGAUCUUCGUCCUCACCCUCGUCUGGCAGGACGAUAUUCUACUCCGCAUCAGCAUCGACCCCUAUUAGAGCCAUUGCCAUUAAACCCCCGGAGCUCGCGGUGGGCGAAGCGGAGGAAGGGAGCGAAGUGGACGGGGACAGCGACAAAGAGAAUGUUGGGCCAUCUUGUCUCAGUCAAGUGUAUGCGGACGACAUGGUUUCAAGCACUGAAGGGCAAAUCUAUAUCAUGGGCGGUGUGGAAGACAAAGACACGACCGACGAAGAGCUACUGGAAUAUGACGAACUCGAUACCGAGCUAGACAUGGGCGGUCUUAACCUGUCCGACUUUGCUGAUCCAGUGGACAACUCGCAGCAGACCCAUCCAGGACUGAGCACUUUCAGCACGGCGGACCAAUCAGUCACAAGUGUCGACCAGCCUGAGCCUGUGAUCGAUUCUGUGGAAUCUGGAUCUCUUGACGGAGCGGAGGGGUAUGAGGAAGAGGAGGGACACAUAGAGGCAGAUACUCUGGCGGAUCAUUUGGCGGAGGUCGUGGGCGAGUGCUUCAAUGAUCAAGGUAAUGGCGCAGAGUCCAUCGACGACCUCCGCUCCCAAGGUGAGGUAUCCCAAGGUGACAUCAUCGGAGACCCAGCCUCUCUUUCCCUCACCAACAGCAUGGGCUCCCCUUUGCCAGUAGCCAGAGCAGGUCCCGUCGUCCUCCCGCAACUCCCACAUCAUCUUCUCAGUAUCCGAGCAGGAAGCGACUCUCCAUUCCGUGACCUGCCGACCUCACCUGCGUUUGGCAAAAAUGACGCUUUCAGUCCAUCUGGGUCCGGCGACAGGACGGUGGCGGCACUCCGCUUAGCCUCUCUUCUGAGUCCCACAAAAUGUCUAGACGUCAUGCAGACGCCGUCUUCCCCAGCGGGUCUUUACCCUGCCAGCGCUGGCACUCCUUCCGCUCAGCCUAAAUUGGCGGACACACUUGGUCUCGGCGCAGCGACCAAGAGCAAAAUGCUCAAGUCUGCAAUGACCUCCUCGUCUGCUGUGGCUGCUUCCGUCGACCGACCAAUAACCAUCCCAGGCUCGGUUCAUACUGAUAAAAGAACCGCCGCUAGAGCUGUGGCCAUUCGCGAAAGAUUGGAUGCCGCCUUCAAAGAUCGACCGACCACCACCAUUUCGAUCGGGCCGCCUCAACGAGCAGUGUCUUCGUCAUCUCAGUCAGCGCCCACCCGGCUGAACGGCAACGGGAUCAAUCGACCGCCUAGUCGUACAGGUCCUUCGAUGCCAAGUUCUAGGACUAUCUCGAGCUCGUCCUUCGCAAAUCGUCCUACAGGCACGAGACCUGUGGAUCUUCCAAAGCAAGCGACAACGACGAAUGCUAUGCAAAGGGAACAGAAGAUGGAUGCCUCCGCCGCCCGCCCAAGGACUUUUAGUGCACCAGGCUUCGCUCAGCCGACGCUUGCGAGUGCCUGGGGAGGUGUGAAUGGUAUUAAGCCGAUCCAGAAAACAGCCCAAAGUACUGCCUCGAGCAACCCCACUACACUCAAACCCCUAGCGUGUGCAGCAGCAGCACCACCUCGGCAACCACUGGCACCGCGUAGUGUUCCUCAGCCGGCUGCUCUAUUGACCAAUCCCCCUCCGGUCUUUAACAAGCCUCCUAGACCUUCACAGCCAACAAUUGCACCACUUGCCGCUCCUCGUCCCGUGUCACCGGCACCCCAGAAUGUCAAUCCUUUGAAGCGGCCAUUACCCACCAAUCAGCCGACGCUCGCCAGAUCUCUGAUAGCAAGCACUGGCGUCACUCAAUCUCGACUUGGCUUACCGUCUCGCAUGAUUCGACCUGGAGGUCCUUCCACCGCACCUGUGUUUUCCCUUGGUCAUGCGGGACCAGAGCUAGGUGGCGGAUCCAGUUUGGGGUCCGUCAGGCAAGGUUACCGUUCGCCGAAUCGACCGGGUAAGAGAGGCUACGGAUCACCGGUUGUGCUGGACAGAAGGCUUGGAACACCUUCAAGGCUGGGAACGCCCAGUCGAGCCAUUCACCAUAGACCUCUCGGAGGCAGCUAUCAGGCUCAACAGCAGCAAGCUCGCUGGCAACGCGCGGUCGACGCAGACGUCUGCGUGCCUCCCACAGAGGUGGCCAGGAUAUCGCCACCUGUGGACGAGGCAGUCACAGUGACUGAACCACCGGCCCAGAUCUCUGAGCGUGUGGAGACACCUCCCGAGAAUGUGCAAGCUCAACAUCUGUCCGUAUCUCCUGCAGAGGAGCCGGUCGCAGCUGUCGCCGUUACUGCACCAUUACAGCCCGAGUCGCUACCGAAACCCGCAGACAAAGUCGAGGAUGGACCACUUCCACCGGUACGCAGCUAUGAGUCGCACGAGUCGCCGCGACCCAAACGAUCCAUGCGUCAACCAACAACGGCAGCGACCAAAACGGCUUCUCGACAACCCAGUGCCGCUACCGCCCCGCAGACUGCGCCACUGAUGUCUGAGAAGGAGCUCAAAGCAUUGACGACCCGACACACGGCGCGAAAUGAGGUUUAUAUCUGCGCCAUUGACCGUCAAAUAGUCCGUAAGACAGGAGCUCGACCGCCGUCGCCUACCUCCAAGAUUCGAACGACGGCAGAUCGAGAUGAGGCAGAAAAGAGGGCAGGCAGAGAGGAACGAGCCAAACGUCGGCUCAAGGGAUCAGAUGGAAGCUUAGCGGAUGACGAGGACAAUGAGCCUAAAACGACAAUGGUCGAGCGAGUGCUCAAGUUCAGAGGCGACGAUGAUGACUUUGUUACCCCUGCGAGACCUUUGAAAAAAGUGAAGUGGAAUCAUGGGGACAAGACACUGCGAUGGGACAAAGGGCUUCUCAUUCGAAGAGAUUUUGGGGAUGAGCCCAAGCGGACGUUGGAGCCUGCUGCGCGAUGGGUCAAUGCGACCAAGUCUGCUUUGAAAAAUAUUGCCGGGGUCAAACUGGACCAUCAUGGCAAUAUGAUCGAAGGAUCUCGACCGGCUGAAGUCAUCAAGCGGAGUCGUGUGCCUGUCACUGCUGUAUUCUACGAUGGGGAAGAUCCUCUGCCUGUACCAGCAUAUACCGCUGCUGAUCCGUCUGAGCUGGCUAAGAUGAGAAAGAAGAAGUAAAUGAACCUUAUGGAAUCAGUAGCCAUGUUUGUAUUCUUCUUCCAAGGCAAUGAGAUGCAUAAUUU